CAACCAUUAUUUCAAAACAUUUCAGUGACCACUCCAAGGUAUUUAUACAUUGCAUUUGGUCUAAUUACCAGAAAAGAUACUUCAUGUUAUGUAUAUAUUGCUUUAUUCAAACGAAAGGACUUUUAUAAUUCAAAUUUGACGUAAACUGUCAAUGUAUAUAGUAGCGUUGUUUCAGGAAACAGUGCCAAAAAAAGUUCUAUAUAAGCGUAGUAAGUUUUUUUUUUCUUUUCGCUAGUAUCACACAAGUGACUCCACGUACUAUACUAUGAUGUAGAUGAAAGGCAAAGAUAGCAAACAGUGAUCGCGUUUGUGAAAUUUAAAUAAAUGUGAACUAGAAUAUUAAUUUGAAUUUUUUAAUAAAGUAACAUAAAAUAUGACAGAUCUUAGCCAAUAAAAUAAACAGAUGUUCCAUAUAUAGAUUUUUCACAGAAUAGCUGUUUUGGGGUUUUUAGUGGCACUGUGUAAUCCGCCGUGACGUUAUCAACACGUGACUUAGCUCUUUCCUUUUUGCUGUGGCUGACUCUGGGAUAUCAAGAGUAUUAAAUACUAGGAGCAACGAUGGUUAAAGAAAAGAUUCACAUCAACAUUGUCGUCAUUGGUCAUGUCGACUCUGGAAAAUCGACCACUACUGGACAUCUUAUCUACAAAUGUGGUGGAAUUGACGAGAGAACCAUUGCCAAGUUUGAAAAGGAAGCUGCUGAGAUGGGCAAGGGUUCCUUCAAGUACGCCUGGGUGUUGGACAAACUGAAGGCUGAGCGUGAACGUGGAAUCACCAUUGACAUUGCCCUCUGGAAGUUUGAGACGGCAAAGUACCACAUCACAAUUAUUGAUGCUCCAGGCCACAGAGAUUUCAUCAAAAACAUGAUUACAGGAACAUCUCAGGCUGAUUGUGCUGUGUUGAUCGUAGCAGCAGGUGUUGGGGAAUUUGAAGCAGGUAUCUCCGCCAAUGGACAAACUCGUGAGCACGCUCUAUUGGCUUUCACCUUGGGAGUCAAACAGCUCAUUGUCGGAGUCAACAAAAUGGACAGCACGGAAAAACCAUACAGUGAGACACGUUUUGAGAAUAUCAAAGGGGAGGUGGAGAAGUACAUCAAGAAGAUUGGAUAUAAUCCAAAGACUGUUGCCUUUGUACCUAUCUCUGGUUGGCAUGGUGACAACAUGAUUGAACAGUCAAAAAAUAUGUCUUGGUUCAGGGGUUGGAAUGUGGAGAGGAAAGAAGGAAAUGCCAGCGGAUUUACUCUCUUGCAAGCUUUGGAUUCCAUCCUGCCACCAAAGAGACCCACAGAUUUGGCCCUUCGUCUUCCUCUGCAGGAUGUAUACAAAAUUGGAGGUAUUGGAACUGUGCCAGUAGGAAGAGUUGAAACUGGUAUUAUGAAGCCUGGUAUGGUUAUCACCUUCGCUCCACCCAACAUCACCACUGAGGUCAAAUCAGUGGAAAUGCAUCACGAGUCGCUCACAGAAGCUGUACCAGGAGACAAUGUUGGCUUCAAUAUAAAGAACGUGUCUGUUAAGGAAAUCCGUCGAGGAAAUGUCUGUGGAGACAGCAAGAAUGACCCUCCCAAGGGUGCCAAGAACUUUAUUGCCCAGGUCAUCAUCUUGAACCACCCUGGUGAAAUCAAGAAUGGAUAUGCGCCUGUCCUCGAUUGCCACACUGCUCAUAUUGCCUGCAAAUUUGUCGAAAUCAGAGAGAAAUGCGAUCGUCGUAGUGGGAAAGUUUUGGAAGAAGCCCCUAAAGUAAUCAAGAGCGGAGAUGCUGCUAUGGUCCUCAUGGUGCCCAGCAAACCAAUGUGUGUUGAACAAUUCUCUAAGUACGCACCAUUGGGACGUUUUGCUGUCCGUGACAUGAGGCAAACUGUAGCUGUUGGUGUCAUCAAAGAGGUUGAGAAAAAUGAACCAAGUCAAGGCAAAGUGACCAAGGCUGCUCAGAAGGCUGGAAAGAAGUGAAAAUUAAUGAACUUUGGAACCCUUCAAUCCCAUCAGCUUAAUUAUGAUUUUUAUUUAAAGAGAAAUAAUGACAUCAUGCCACUAUUUAAUUUUGAAAGACCACAGCAGGUCAUUUAUUGGACAAUUUGGUUUUUGAAGAAAAAUAUCCAUCGCAAAGAAGUCCGUCGGAAAAAACGGAUUUGAAGUAGCAAGUACUUGAAUUAUGUCGAAUAAAUUUGGACAUUUUAA